UACAGCUAAGGAGCACUCUACCGACCCCUUUAAAUAUCAUGGAUUUUAGGACGCCAAUGCAUCGUUUUUGUCCUCAACUUCAGCGGAUAGGCCUUCGCCUUGAAGGCGGCUGUACGGCAACUGUCAUGUCCCUUUUGUCUGCUGAAUUGUGACGCAAGGAACAGCUUACUGAGCAGCCUAAUGGACAGCAAGUUAUUGGUGUCUUUAGCAAUCAAAACCUAAACUUUAAAGGUUUUUUAUGCAAUGUUGAGACUCUAUUGUCUCCAUUCGCCCCGCUUGCUCCCAUAUUUGUGGACUGGAACUAGAUAUCCCUCCUGAGUGCGUGGUAGCAUCACCUUUCCUGACAGAAACAACAGUAUUUACUUCACUGAAGCGAGGAAGUGGAGCUGCGUCAGGCUAGCUAAACUCGAUAAAGAUUAGACCGGAUGUUAGGUGACUUUGCCUUCAGAAUAAAGGUGCAACGACAUAUGUUUUGACUUAGAGAUCCAAAGUUUAGGAUUGGAUUUAGACGUAACGCUUGGUGAAAACGACAGGUGACAUUUUUUAAAUUGCAAGAAAGAUCACCGCCUUUUAUUAAUAACGUGGUAGCGUCACACUGCAGCAUCGAUACAGCUCCUUUCCUUUUACUUUGGAAGCUGCGACCGGAACUCCUGACUAGCUGUGUUGUAUUUGACACUGGUAGGAAGUGGGAUGUGGUCAGGCUACAUUAUGCUUGUGUUUAAGAUAUGAAAAUCAGUGAAUUAGCACUGCUUCGGGAACCCUGUUUAACUACCGGACGCAGCGGGGUUUAUCACAGUGUCGCUGCCCGUCACUGUGGUGGUUGUCGAUGGUCGAAAACGGCGAACAGGACAGAAGCUGCUGUGCUGGUUUCGACUGGACUGGACCAUUUGCAUGAGGGCUUCUCAACCUCACGCCCUAACAGUCUGUGUGCGGGGCUCUAUUCUGUGCUUACGCAAUAACAGUAUGUGAAUCGCUAGUCACGUCGUUGACUUUUUUAUUUUAAUUUUUCUCGGACAAAGACUUUGUGCUUUCCCCCGUUUUUAUAUAUAUUUUUGCAAAUGUCAACAACUCAGCGUCAAGUGAUGAUGGAGCCCUCUCUUGCUCUCGGAAGACUGGAGCUGACUCCCAGUUCGGCCGCUGUUGGGGUCAACCUGACCCCGCGGCUCUCCGGCGGACACCCCGCCAAAGAGAAGUGCGCUCAGCGGCCACAGGGGCCACAAAGCCCGGCUCACCUGAACGGCUGCGUCCCGCUGUCACACCAGGUGGCGGGUCACAAGUAUGGAGUGGAUACAGUGGGCAUUUUGCAGCAUCCAGACGGGACAGUACUGAAGCAGCUUCAGCCUCCACCCAGAGGUCCACGAGAGUUGCAGUUUUACAGCAUGGUGUAUGCAGAGGACUGCUGUGAUCCAUGCCUGAUGGAGCUCCAGAACCAUCUGCCCAAGUACUAUGGCACCUGGUCCUCUCCUGACAGCCCUACUGACCUGUACCUGAAGCUGGAGGAUGUGACCCGACGAUUUGUCAAGCCGUGCAUAAUGGACGUGAAGCUGGGCCAGCGGAGCUACGACCCAUUCGCCUCGCAGGAGAAACGGGAACAGCAGAUCAGAAAAUACCCACUGAUGGAGGACAUAGGCUUCCUGGUCCUCGGCAUGAGGGUGUAUAAGAUGUGCAGUGAUACAUUUGACUCCUACGACCAGCACUACGGGAGAGGACUGGUCAAGGACACAAUUAAAGAUGGCCUGGCCAAAUUCUUCCAUAAUGGUGUGAAUCUGAGGAAGGACGCUGUGUCAGCCAGCAUCCGCAGAGUUCAGCACAUCCUCCGCUGGUUCGAGUCGCAGCACCAGCUGGCCUUCUACGCCAGCUCCCUUCUCUUCGUCUAUGAGGGCAUCCCCUCCUCUUCCUCCUCGUCCUCCCUUUCGUCCCUCCUCAGCACGCCGUCGAUCAGCCCGACUGCCGGGAAACCUCCCAAGCUGUCAUCGGCAGGCGACAUCGGGGGCAAAGCGAGACAGGAAGGGGCGAGGCAGGAAGAGGAAGUAGCCGAGUACAACAACAACAACAUUCAGGUGCCGGUCCCAUGGGACUACAGCCUGGCCACCAUUUACACCAACCACAGGAAAGGAGGCCACCACCACUGUGCCAAGGGUCACCUGCACGGCAACAGCGGAGACGGCGACGCUACGGUGAGCUCGGUUUCUGGAGAUAACAUCUCAGCGCUGUGUAAAGAAGACAACUCUGAAUGGAAACGGACAGAGGCAGACGAGUUGCAACAGCCACCAAACGGAAACGGAAACAAAUCACAACUGGAAGGGAAGGACGAGGACGGAGAGACGGAAGACAGGGGCGGGAGGAGGAGAGUAGAGGAGGAGGAGGAGCUGAGAGGACGAGGAGACGUCGCAACAGAAGGUAGCGGAGGAGACACGGAGGUGGAGGUCAGGAUGAUCGACUUUGCCCACGUUUUCCCAAGUGAGAGCCACGAUCAGGGCUACAUCUACGGCCUCAAACACCUGCUGACAGUGCUGGAGCAGAUCCUCUGCGACGCCAACUAGAACUUCUCCUCUCUUUACCUCCUGACCUGCACAGUGAACCGACAUCUCCCUUCUGUCAACCCUCCUCCCUUCUCAAGAGACAGAAACCUUCAGAGGAGAGAGUGAAGAAUCAAAGAAGUGAAUACUAAAAACAUACCCAUCAUCAUCAACAUCAACAUCAUCUCACCUGUUUGUGAUGGUCCGUCGUGUGUCUGUGCGUGACUGUGUGUGACUGUGUGUGUGUGUGUGCAUCUGUGUGCGUCUGUGUGUUGAAUGAGGUGGAGAUAGUAGAGGCUGACAGUUGUGUUUUCCUGUGAUCAGCAGCACUACAUGCACUAAUCAAUCCAUGAAGGCAUUGCGACCCUGUACUUCAACACAAUAUAUUCAGCAGCGUGAAUUACUGAUGCUCACACAAUUCAUAGAAAAUAGGGUUUGGCAAACAUGUUUUUAUACCUUUGCCAGUGAAAAUAGCUGGUAUAUUUCUAUUCAAGUAGCAUAUAAAUACACCUCAAAUUAGGUCUGGACUGGGCAAUAUGAAAACUUAUGACGGAAGAUUACAGGAAUUUGUGAAUCACCAGGUAAACAAAAACAACUGCCUCAUGAGUCAACACAAUCAAAAGACUCAAAAUCAGUUAAAUCCUUUCUAAAUAAAAGCUUUAAAGGGAUAGGUCAGGAUUUUGGACGUUAGUCGUAUGAAAUACUUGCCAGUAGUGGAUGCAAAGCUAUUAGCUUUUAUUAGCUAUUAGAGUUCUGACCGGUUCUGAUCGGUAAAUAAAUAGCUUUGCAUCCACUAAUAGAAUCAUUUCAAAUUUUACUGGUUUUAAGGUUAACAGAGUUUACAACUUUACAACUCUCUCUUCCUCCUGUGGCCCAAAUCAAGUUAUGUGCAGGUAGCCGGAUGCGUGAGAUCAUGAGAGAAUCACAAAAUCGGGCGAGGGUUACAAGAUCACGUGACAAAAGUUACCGUGUCGGAAAGAGUAUUGCCAAAUCUCUACCACUGGACACUAUUCUACCCUCGCAUGAUUUAAACAUUAUGUUGCCCAACCCUAUACACUGAAAUUCAUGAAUUGAAAUUCGUGCCACAGGAUUAGGAUUUAGGCCGAUCCCCUACUUUUGAAAGUUAUGUGCUGCCUGGAAAACGACCCAUGAUGCAGUAACUGUAACACCGCACAAGUUAACUGGAUUUGUAGUAUAUCUGAACAGUUAAAUUGGGAUUCAGAAUGACGUCUUGAAGCGUGUGAGCAUCAGGUAAAACGAGCCGUCUGGAGAACGCUGAGGUUUAAGUCGGGUCGUCCUUUUGUGUUUUUGUUUUAACCACUGUCUACAGGUAUCUAACUCAGGUAAAUUUACUGUAGAGAAAAUACUUAAUAUUACUACUAUUACCCUCUCAGCAAGACGAACCUCUUGCUGUGUGGCUGUUCAGUUCUAAAUGAUUGUUUUAUAAAGUCUUACUCGAUGUUUAUUUUAUCUCAUGAUUGUCCUUAUCUCAUCAAUGUCGACUUUUGACUCGCGUAACCUUCCACGGUGGCUGUAUUUUCUUUUACCAUGACCGUUUUAAUUGUCGUACAUGUUCCGCUGCCAAAUCACCACCUCCAUCUCAGAGCCUGCGCUCUUUGCUGUGUUUAUUCCGCCUUUUUGGUGCCUCCCCCUCUUUCUGCCAUAGUUUUAGGAACGAUAUAUUGCACUUGUACUCCCAGAUUUCUUUGUCUUUUCAAGAAAACUUUACAUAUAUCAAAAGGUAACGUUGCUCAUGAGUUCAGUGCCAUUGCACUAGCAUUAACCAUGAGCUAUUCUAUGAUUUUAAUAUUAUUAUUAUUAUAAGGAAUUAAUUUGGUGAUAAAAUUAACCUUUUCCCUCCCAAAGUAUGGAGAGAUGAUUGUUUAGAAGUGUUUCUGGGUGCUUUGACAGAACGUGUUCUACUACAUGACACAUGAUGAGCUGUGAUUGGUUAUCAUGAUACUGCCUAGUAGGAUAUGACUUCCCUAAGGGUUUUAAGAUUGUAGAAAAAUGAUAUUGCUGCUUUAAUGCGAGUCAACUUACAGACUCACCAGAAGUGAAUGAAUGCUAAAGAAAGAAAGACAGCAACAGAAUGGUUUCAUUUCUUUUUCUUUUUUUUCUGUUUUGUUUUGUUUUGGUGCAGAUUGGCAGAAAUGUGAGAAUAUGUAAGUCACCAUGCCCUUUUUACACUAAAAUCUUUUUUUAGGCUGAUACACAGACUGAUGCUGUACAUAUUCUGUAUACAUUUGACAAAUUUUAAUAUUUUCAUGCCAGGUAAAGCUUUCCAUUGAAACAAAUGCAUGGACUUCAGGAAGCCCAAAGCAGCUUUGGUUGCUGCCAUAUUUUUGUAUUUGCUGGAGAUAAAAAAGUGUUGGUAACACUGUCGGUUAUGCCCACGCCUAUAAUUCAUUAUAAUCUACUUAUAGCACAGUAUAAUUAUUAUCUUCUACUUUAUAAUGCAGUAUAAGUCAUUGUGAAUACUUUUGAGUGCAUAUAAGUAAUUAUAAAUGAUUAUACUCAUGUAUAUAAUGUAUUAUAGACAUGGGCGCCAUAAAAAGAGUGACCAAAUUAUUUUCUUGCAAUCCUGACAUCAUUAUUUCAUUAUGCACUAAACAACAUGAGCUUCGUUUGACCAAAAAACAUUUCACCACAAGGUCCACUUUUCUGGAGCUUUCAGUCACAUCUCAUGGCCUUCAGUGGCAGAUUGUGCGUCAUCCAGCCAGUUAAAGGGAUAGUUUGGAUUUUCUUGAAGUGAGGUUGUAUGAGGUACUUACCCACAGUCAUAUUACCUGCAGUAGAUGAUGGUCUGUGCGUUCCCAGUCUGGAGAACCAGGAAACAAAUGAUUGUAUUGCUGCAGAAAGGGACUGCAACAAAACUUAUUUUACCCACCUUAAUAAAGGCCCACCCUAAAAAUGUUAUACCUGUUUAUAUGUACACUAUAUUCAGAAUAUAACCACCGAUUUUUGUUGCUAUCCACAGCUGUUUCAUUUGGCACUACUUUUUCUCAACCGUAUUCUUACACAGUAGCGCACCGUUCUGUGGCAGUGCAUGAAGCAUAUUAGUGCGCUUAUGCGUUUCUA